GAUUUCAGCAUCCUAAUCGUGUUGAGCGUCAUUUCUGUCUUACCUUCAACUUUGUAUACAUUGCUGUUUAGUGCACUCUGCUUCAAGGAAGUUAGUUGAGAACACGGGUCGUUGCACCUCUAUGGCGGGGAAGCAAAACUACAGCGACGGCUGAAGCGCAGCCAUUGUCGCGUGGUUGUACACCACGCAUGCGCGAAUAGUUUGUGCGGCGCGAAAAAAAAAUAACAUCGUGCGUCCAGAAAUAUAAUUAAAUAAAAAACAAUUAUUGUGCUUGUGUUUGUAUUUAAAAUACAUAAUGAAGUAUAAGGUCAAGGACAUUGAUAGCGAGAGCCAGCGCUCCGCUGCUCAACUACCGGAUACCGCAAGUGGACUAGAAGAAAAAUUAGAGCGGACAGUGCGAUGUUCGUCGGUGAUAAUCAUCGCGCUAGGGCUGUCACUGCUCGCACUCGGCAUCUACACAACUGUGCUGGUGCUCACUGAAUACAAGAGCCCCCGACCCUGUCUGAGCGAAGUCUGCGUCAACACAGCUUCAAGGGUCUUAGCAGCAAUGAACAAAAGUGUCGAUCCUUGCGAAGACUUUUACGAGUAUGCUUGCGGUGGCUGGAUAGAGAAGAACCCGGUGCCAGAGUGGGCGACGUCUUGGGACCAGCUGGCGAUACUCCGCGAGCGUCUCGUUUCUGAUCUGAGGGAGCUUUUGGAAGACAAAAACGACGAUGGACUGCCUAAUAGUGUGUUGAAAGCGAAGGCAAUGUACCGCACUUGUAUUGAUGUUGAUAAAUUGGAAGAGAAAGGCAUCGAGCCCAUCCAGAAACUUCUGGAAAGUCUAGGCUUACCGAUGCGUCCGCCCACUGAGGCCAGCGCAAACUUCACAUGGGAAGACGUGUCGGGGCGCGCGCGCCGCCUGCUCGGUCUCAACGUGCUGCUCAGCGUGCAGGUCGCAGAGGACGUGCGGAACACCAGUCGCAACAGGGUCGUGGUGGAACAAGUUUCACCCGGGUUUUCAGACCGCUACCUCCGUCAGCCGGAACAGUUCGCUCACGAGCUGGAUCAGUACCACAAAUACAUCAAGUCCAUGGUGGCCAUCGCUGACCCUGAGGUUGACGCGCUGAAGUUUGCGGAUGAUAUUAUCGAAUUUAGCAAGAAAUUAGCCAUGAGCAUGACGUCACCGGAGGUGCGGCGCAGCGGCACGCACCUGUUCCACGAGGUGAGCGUGGCGCAGCUCGUGCACGGUGCGGCCGGCGGCCCGCCUAGCUGGAAACAGCACGACUGGCAGAAAUAUAUCGACCUGGUGUUCUCCAAUACGAGUGUAGUGCUGGAUCAGAAUCAGGAUCGUGUGACCGUCAUGGACCUGCCGUACUUACACAAGCUGUCUACGCUGCUGGCCGACACGGACCCUGUGAUCGUUGAAAAGUUCCUCUGGUGGAGUGUGUUCUCAACGGUUGCCCCGAUGACCAAGAGCGCGUUCAGAGACCUCGGCUUCGAAUUUUCGAAGGCUGUCUUCGGGCUACAGCAGAGGACACCUCGCUGGAAGAGCUGCACCGCCAACGUUAACGCCAACUUUGGAGUCGCUCUCAGCUACCUCUACGUCAAGAAGCACUUCGACCAGGCGUCGAGACAGAAGGCCAUGGAGAUGAUCGCGGACGUGCGCGAGGCGUUCUCGCAGGCGGCGGCGCGCGUGGCGUGGAUGGACGCCGCCACGCGCCGCACCACGCUGCGCAAGCUCGCCGCCAUCCGCACCUUCGUGGGCUUCCCCGCCUGGCUGCUCACGCCGGCGCGCCUGGACGACCACUACCGACACGUCGAGGUAGUCGAAGGAGACUUAUUCGAAUCCUAUCUGAAGUUAACGUGGGCAAUGGUCAAGAAAUCCUUAGAGACUCUCAGGGAACAACCCGACAGGGACAGAUGGGUUGCCACAGCUACCACGGUGAAUGCAUUUUAUUCGGCGACUCUUAAUUCAGUCACAUUCCCAGCUGGUAUCCUCCAACCACCUUUCUAUGGAAAUGGAAUUGAGGCAAUCAAUUACGGAUCCAUAGGAGCUAUAAUGGGACACGAGAUUACUCACGGCUUUGACGAUCAAGGACGUCGCUACGACGAGCACGGCAACCUCGCGCAGUGGUGGUCGGCCGGCACGCUCGAGCACUACCACGCGCGGGUGCGCUGCAUCGUGGACCAGUACAGCAACUACAGCCUGCCGCAGCUGCCCGGAUACAAAGUGCACGGGUUCAACACGCAGGGCGAGAACAUCGCCGACAACGGCGGGCUGCGCGCGGCGCUGGGCGCGUACGCGCGGCUGGCGGCGCGCGCGCCCGCGCACUCGCGCGCCGCGCUGCCCGGCCUGCCCGCGCUGCGGACCGACCAGCUCUUCUUCCUCGGCUUCGCGCAGAUAUGGUGCGGUAAUUCAACAACGGGCGCUCUCAAAUCUAAAAUGGUGGAGGGUGUGCACAGUCCCAACAAAAUUAGAGUAAUCGGUACUCUAAGUAAUUCUAAAGAAUUCGCAGACGCCUGGCAAUGCCCAGUGGGCUCACCCAUGAACCCCGAACAUAAGUGUGUGCUGUGGUAGACUAAAUGUGAUCUUAGAAAUAAUCCAACCAAAGACAAGACUCGAAUGUUACCAGUAAGUUACCCAUAGAGUUAGUUGUUAGAUAGAUAGGACCAAAGGCAUGUUUCAUGAACAUACUCUGCAAGCCUACACCCUCGACUAGAAAAAAAUAGAAUAUAUUGUAUGAUUUAAAAAAUAUAUAUAAUUAAAUAAAAUGCUUACGUUUCAUGUUUCAAAGUAAUUUAUGUUUUUUAUUUGAGAAUAGAAAAGAACACUAUUCAAUUAAUAUCGUAAAACUUUCCGCUAGUUUUUCGGUGAGCAACACUGUUUGUUUUGCUAAAUUUGAACUUGGAGUCUGCAAAAUAUUAUUACAGGAAUGUUAUGUAAUGCAUUCCAUCAAUGUGAGUGUUUUAGACUUGCUAAGUAUGCACAUGAAAUAGGGCCAAGUAUAACUUUAGAAAUAUGAUAUUGAAAUACUUAUAAUAAUAAAAUCAAACGAAGUGUAUGAAGUAAGAUAU